CCCCGCUGCCCCCGGUCACCUCCGGUGCCGCCCGUACGUCCCGGCCCGAGCAGAGCCGGAGCGGCACCUCACGGUGGGGCCCCGGCGGGACCGGGGCGUCCCGCGGCUGGACGCUGUGGGGGACGGUGAGCCCGGUCUGAGUGCGGGUGAGGGACAGGCGCGGGGGAAACCGACCCGGAGCGCCCGGUUAGUCGGCGGUGCCGUGUGUGCGCGCUUUGCAGGCGGAAUAACCUCCGUUCUGACCGAGCCGAGCAACUCCAAAACCCGGUCGGGAGGCGCGGGAGCAGGUGCAUCUGAUUACCAGCUGGAAGCUUCAAAGUCUCCACAAUGAGCUCGAUGUUGAUGUUGUUUUUUGCUGGAAUCCUCCUCUGUUGUGCUCACUCAGCUGGUGACUCGGUACCCAAGUUGCUCCUUGUGUCCUUUGAUGGCUUCAGGGCCGACUACUUGGAAACCUACAAACUUCCACAUCUGCAGGAAUUCAUUGAGGAUGGUGUGCUUGUAAAAGAAGUCAGGAAUACUUUCAUCACCAAGACCUUCCCAAACCAUUACACCAUAGUGACAGGUUUAUAUGAGGAAAGCCAUGGCAUUGUGGCUAAUGACAUGUACGAUGCAGAUGCCAAGAAAAAUUUUUCACAGUUCAAUGAUUCAGAUCCCUUCUGGUGGAAUGAUGCAGUUCCAAUUUGGGUAACAAACCAACAACAGGGGAAGGGAGCAAGUGCUGCUGCAAUGUGGCCCGGUAGUGAUGUAAAAAUCAACAACACAACGCCUCAUUUCUUUAUGAAGUACAACUUCUCUGUGAAGUUUGAGGAGAGAGUGGAGAGAAUUGUUGAGUGGCUGAACAGCUCUGACCCCGUGGUCAAUUUUGCUGUGCUCUACUGGGAAGAACCGGAUGCAAGCGGGCACAAGUACGGCCCGAGUGACACCCAGAACAUGCACAGAGUGUUGGAAGAAGUGGAUAAACAUGUUGGUUUCCUUAUGAACAAACUGAAGGCAUCGGGCCUGUGGGACACUGUAAACGUCAUAAUAACAAGUGACCAUGGAAUGGCCUCCUGUUCUGCAGAGAAGCUGAUUGUCCUGGAUGAGUGCAUCGGGCGCAGUAACUACACCCUGAUAGACAGGACUCCCGUUGCUGCAGUGCUGCCAAGGCAGAACAAAGAAGAUGUGUAUAACUUACUCAAAAAUUGCAGCAGUCACAUGAAGGUUUAUCUGAAAGAAGAAAUUCCAGACAGAUUCCAUUAUCGCCAUCACAAGAGAAUCCAGCCCAUAAUUCUGGUUGCAGAUGAAGGCUGGACAAUUGUACAGAACGAGUCCCUUUCCAAGUUGGGGGACCACGGCUAUGACAACGCCCUGCCCAGCAUGCACCCAUUCCUGGCCGCACGCGGUCCGGCCUUCCGGCGCGGCUACAGCCACGGCAGCCUGGCCAACGUGGACAUCUACCCCAUGAUGUGCCACGUGCUGGGGCUCGCCCCGCGGCCGCACAACGGCACCUUCGCCAACGCCAAGUACCUGCUGGCUGACCAGUGGCGCAUCAGCGUCCCUGAGGCCAUUGGGAUCAUCAUCGGGGUUUUCAUGGUCCUGAGCACUUUCACCUGCAUUAUCAUCAUCUCCAAGAACAGAGUGGCUCUCUCCCGGCCCUUUGCCCGGCUCCAGUUACAGAGCGAUGACGAUGAUCCUUUGAUUGGAUAGCGUGGAGGGAGCCGAGCCUCGCUUCCUACAUUUUGAUUUCAGGAAAACAGUUUCAAUUUGCACUGGAUGGCAUUCUUUGUUUAUGCACUUUAUCUGUGUAAAAUACUGUACAGCCAGACCCUGCUGAUUUGUGUCACUAGUGUAAUAUAAAAAUAUUUUCAUAACCAAACAGUGAACAGGUGGCUUUUUACUGGAAGAGAUGCUUGACAAAAUAAGGAUGCUUAGUUUUUCAUUCAAGCCUCUUCUGAACAUUUGCAGAAGGAGACUAGCCAGAAUAGACAAAGUGAAUUUUAAUAUUUGUAAAUGAUAAUUGCUUUUUUGUAUUAAAUUAAUAUUAACUACUUUUAGUGUUCUUGCAGCUGUGUUGGAAAGAAAAACUUUAUUGAGAGUUAGGAGUUAGUAUUGUUUAGAGAGUAUAUUCUGGUGUGCCCUUAAAUUGGGGAAAGAGAAGAUCGAGACUUCUGUUUAUACCCCAAGUCAGCAAUGUGACAAGAAAUUUCUGAGAAAGAUAACAGAAGUCAGUGAUUAAAGAACUGGUGCAUAUCUCUUCUAUUUUGAGCAAUAAACUAUGUGGUUCAGCACUUACAAGCCUGGGCACAUGGCUCUGGCAUUUCUGGAUAUGUGUCUCUGGAUGACUUAGAUCCACAGGUCCAGCUGGGAUGGCACUGCUGCCUUAUCUCAAGAAAGUUUAACCUGGGAGUCUUUGAAUUACCCAUUUCCAUCAGCUGUAGUGUAAAAUCACUGUUCCUGAACCCUAUCAAAAAUUUCUCAGGAGUAAAUUCUGCUGAAGGUUGUCUUGAGAUAAAGGUGGUUCUGCCCUGUGUACCAGCUCAUAAUUGUCUCUUGUGAAGGCUGUUGUGCUAAAAAGCAACAACUGAAAAUUUGAUGUGCAUGUCGUCAAGCAAGGAUUUCAAACUCAUACUUUAAACCUUGGAAAUUUAAAGGAAGAAGUUAGUGGAUCUUAAUUAAAAAAUAAACUCUCUAUAAUGCUUGAAGUACAUAGAUGCAAAUUCCUGCUGAAGACCAGAGCUGACUGUUCUCUUAAUUGAAACUCUUGAUUCUUUGUUAAUGGUCAUCUAGUAACUUGCUAUAAAAAAGUAGUUUGAUUGAGAAAGCCUUAAAUGGUACCUUAUCUUUCAGUGAGAUAAAAUUGUUAUUGCUAACCCAAAAAGAAAACUAGUUAUCAGGUCCCUUUCCUUCAAGUCUGAUGGCUUUAAAAAAUAAAGUGACAGAGAUACCUGGUAGCAAAGGUGUUUCUGUUUCACAGCUUCAGAUUCAUUGCAGUUUGGUGUUGGCCACAGCCUUUUAGUGAUCCAACAGGGAGGGAGCAGGAACUUUGGAGGGAAGGGGUUACUUUGAACUGCCCACUGGAAAAAAUAAAUGUGAGUUUUACAAAUGUGUGGAAGUUUUAGUAAUGUGUGUCUUCCUCUCCAGGGAUUCCAUUUUACUCUAUUAAAAACACAAUUCAAAACCUAA